AUGCCACUCAAGCGGCCUCGUCCUACCCACUUUUCGGAUUCGGAAUCUGAGGAAUCUUGGGAGGGAGACGGCCGUGACUCCGGAGAUGAUGAGGCCGGCGCUGACGAUGCAACCUUGGUGAUUGGCAUUGAUUUUGGAACCACAUACUCUGGCGUUGCUUGGGCAACUCUACCUGAACUCGCGGAGGAUAUAAACUCCAUCAACAUCAUCUACAACUGGCCCGGAACAGGCAAAGAAGAGGGCAAGGCUCCAUCCGAGCUCUUUUACAAGGACGGCGAGGCCCUAUGUGGCUUUGAAGUUCCCGCGGAUGCCAAGCCCAUCAAGUGGUUCAAGCUGCUUCUACUAAAGGAUGAGGAUCUUUCAAGCAGUCUUCGUUCGUCGAGCAUUCUGGCCCAGAGUCGCAAUUUUUUGAAGACGCACAACAAAACGGCCGUCGACGUCAUCGCCGACUACCUCAGAGUGCUGUGGAAGCACACCAUCGACACCAUCGUCAGAAGCCGCAGCGAGCUAGUUGUGAAUGCUUUGCAGUUCAACGUCGUGCUGACUGUUCCCGCCAUCUGGAAGGGUUAUGCUCGCCAGGCAAUGGAAGAGGCUGCUAAGAAAGCUGGUAUCUUAGACAAGCGUGCUGCUGGUCCAACCACUUUGACUUUUGUUCCGGAGCCAGAGGCAGCUGCCUUGGCAACUCUGACUGACACUGGGCGCAAAGUUGACAAGGGUGGAAUUUAUACCAUCUGUGACGCUGGAGGUGGUACUGUGGAUCUAAUAACCUACAAGAUUGACCAAGCAAAGCCGAUCAAGAUGAGUGAGGCCAUUGAAGGCAAAGGUGCUCUUUGCGGUGGUGCUUUCGUCGAUGCAGAAUUCGAAAAGAUUUGCAAAGACAGACUCGGAGCAGGAUUCCUCAACCUGACCACGUCUAACAUCAAAGAGCUCCUCAAGGGAGAAUGGGAAACCGGCAUUAAGCCACAGUUCAAGCCGGGCAGUGCUCAAGAGUUCAUCGUCCGCAUCCCCUGGGAGGCUUUUAUUGUCUCGGACAACUUUACGGACACGUCCAGGGAGCCACACAUCAAAAAUGGACGCAUGUUUCUCUCAUCCAAGCUUGUCGAGUCAACUUUCAAGGCGUCCUUUGCUGGUAUCGACAAGUUGGUGAAGGAGCAAAUUGAUCUGACUACACGCAAGCAUGGGAAGGUCAAUGGCAUCAUUCUUGUUGGUGGCCUCGGAGGCAGCCCGUAUCUCUAUCAUCACCUUGAUGCCCUCCAUGCCAAUUCGGGUAUUGUUAUCAUGCAAUCUACUGGAAUGAAGCCCCGCACUGCAAUCUGUCGCGGCGCCGUCAUUAAGGGCUUCCUGACUUCGGAGAGCAGCUUGCCGGCAGCUAACACACGAAUCCUCGUCACAUCCACUGUUUCUCGUGAUAGUCUUGGAAUAGUCUUUCGUGAAGAGUUCAAAGAAGGCAAGCACUUGGAAGAAGACAAGAAAUGGGGCAAGCAAGAGCUCACCCAUCUUGCCAUUAAUCAAAUGCAGUGGUUUCUGAAAAAGGGACAAAGCGUAUCGAGCAAAAAGCCCGUCCGCCACAAGUUCUACGAGCUCCUCAACCCAGACACGGGACUCAAGCCCUGUAUGGAAAUUGAGCUGUACCACUGUGACCGAGAGAAGCCGCCGACCCGCAAGGAAGACUGCGUCAAGCUCAACUGCAAGAUGAGCUUCACGCUCGACGUCCGGCCCAGCGACCUCGAGGCGUGGUCCAACUCCAAGGGCAAAAAGUUCAAAAAGUUCAGCUACGAGAUCGAGAUGAUACCCUCGGGCGCAUCGCCCCAGUUUGUUAUUUGGGUCAGCGGCAGGAAGCAGGGCUCUCACAACGUCCACAUCACCUACGCCUAA